GGAUCUAGUAGUCCUGGAUAAAUACUCACCUCGUAUUUAAUCGUUAAAUAACCCAGAAUUUUCAGAUCAUUCAGUUCGUUCUAGAAAUCGGAGUGAAUCGGACGAAAAGAAGGAUAGAUAAUCAUAAAGUAAAAGAAAAAGUCCUUGAAAAGUAUAUAAAUCCCCAAUCAUCUGGGGGUUUUCAAUCAGUUUUGAAAGUCAGUCAGACCAAAGGCCUCACAAUGGAAAAGAAAACAGAAAAGAAAACAUCGAACUUGGAAUCGAAUAAAACAUUGAAGCAGACCAUAUCCGUAUCCGUAUCCAUAUCCAUAUCCAUAUCCGUAUCCGUAUCCACAUCCGUUGAUGCCGAAAAGAGCAGCGCUAAGGAGGAAGCCGAGAAAGUGGAGUCCAUUGGAGUACCAUUGGCUGGGAGUUGCUCUUCCGGGGAGGGAUCGGUGCGGCUAGCCCCUCACUCUGUCAAGGAUGAGAAGAAGCCGGCCGAGGAGCAGGCACCGCCGAAGAAACAUCACAAGCGAGACCAGGAGAAGUUCCUGCUGCCGGUGGCCAGUCGGGGCAAGAAUGACCUCAGCAAUCCGGCCAAGCUGAGGGCUUGGGUCUCCUCGCGCCGACCCAUCAUUGUGGUGCCCCAGGCGGUGACCAGCCUGAUCACGUUGCACAACGCGAAGGAAGUGCUGCAGCAUCUGCACUUCGUGCAGCCGGACAUGGAGAGUCUGUUGGACGCCCCAACUCCGGAGGAGGUCGUCAUUGAACGCGAUUUUCCGCAGAUUGGCAGAGCCCGGGAGUACCGGAUCAUCGAUAACGUGUCGAAACUCGGCAUCGAUGAGUGGCAGCGUGUGGUUGCGGUCUUCGCCCUGGGCCCCCACCGCCAGUUCCGGGGCUGGCCCUGGAUGGGCGAUCCCGCCGUCAUCUUCCGCAAGGUGUGCGUCUUUCACCUGUACUACCAGGACGUGGGCGUGCACAAGGAUCUGCUGAAUAUGGCGGUGCAUCCGCUGGAAAUCCCCAAGAACGAGCCGCACACGCACGGCGGCAUAUUGAAGGAGUUCUGGGGCACGUUGGACGAGUACGUUCGCACCCAGAGCCAGUUUUCGUUUCUGGCUGAGGAGGGGUCCUACCUUCCCGAAUAAACACAGACAAGAGGCCGGUCCCUGGGGUGCAUUCCAUUCUAAUUGUUUGUCUUGUUUGUAUUUAUAAAAAAUUGAAGCAAAUAAAUAGAAGAUUCAGAUUGCA